GAUGUUUAGUUCCUGUAAUUUAUUUAAGCAAGUACUAUCAACACUUGUAUUAGAGGGAAAUUAUAUAAUCUAAAUAAUGAAAUUUACAAACAAGAAAACUGCAUUAACCAAAGUGGGGUUUUCACGACUCAUCUUCAUUCAUUUAAAAAAGAACCUUUUCUUCUUUUGUUAUUGUACAAUCAUACAAUCAUACAAAUUUGCACUUCAAGCAACAUUUAUCUUUUCUGUAAACCAACCUUAUAAAGUCCCCAAAACACACACACACACACGCAUACACACACACAAACAAAACAAAGGUUUCAAGAGAAGAAAAAGAAAACAACAUGACAUACCUAACUCACUCUUUGCCCUUCUUCUUCUCCUGCUUGUCUAUGCUUCUAUGUUUGUCCAUUGGAGGAAGCAGACCUGCUCAUGGUCCAGCUUAUCUAAACCCCUAUGCUUUCUCUCCAGAAGCUUACGAUUUCUUUCACCCACAAUCAUCACUUCCUAACAAUAUUCCACCAAGAGACUCGCCUUCUUCGUCUUCACUUUCACCUUCACCAUCACCUUCUAAGACCUCUAAUGUAGAAGCAGAUACACAAGGAAGUAAGUUUUCAUCAGAAGAGCACAGAAAUGAGAGUAUCAGAGAAGAAGGACGAGGAGAAACCGUUGGAAUAGUGUUAGGCGUUUCUUUCGCGGCUUUUAUUUUGAUGGGAGCUUACUUUGUUAUCAAGAAACGACGAGCAAAUAUAACCCGCACGAUUGUAAUCCAUGCUUAAAUUAACCGAAAAAAUAAUUAGAGAUUUUGUCAAAUUGCUAUUAGUGUGAUUAUGUAGAAUGGUACAGAAUCACCAUGAUGCAAAAUGUUGGCAAAUCCUACAUUUAUAUGUUUGUUAACUAACUUAUCAUCUUGUUAUUCUAAGUGGGCUGGGUAAAUGGGCUUCGUUUGUAAAGAUGGAGCUCCAAACAACAUUACCAUUUUGUAGAACUUUUGCCCAUUUUGAACUUAAGAAAAUAUUACCGACUAAAAAUUUUAAAUUUCAUAUA